AUGGUGUGCUUCAUUGGUUUAAUGAAAAAAUUAUUUCCUCCUCUCGCAGUCACCCAAAAUUUGGCACAUGAAAUACUUUUGCAAACCGAAAAAGAAUGUAAGGAGUCAAAAGACCUAACAGUUUGCCUCCAUUUCAGCAAGUCAAUUGAUUGGGGUCACUAUAACCUUCCGUUAACAAAUGAAAUAACUGUUAUCUUACCUGGUGAUGAAUUAAUACCCAAAGUGACACAUGAUAUUAUUCUUCGACUUCGUGAAGUUGAUGCUUGGGCUGCAACUGAGCAGAAUAGAUUAAGAUUUCUAUGUACAAACCAAUCUACACUGCAUGCAGAUGUCUAUCAAGGUCUUGCAGAUAUAGUUGGGAAUAUAGCAAAUCAAGAACUAUUCCUUAAUAACCUUGGUCAUCAGAUUAUUCUUCCUUCUACUUAUAUUGGAACCCUGGGACUACUAGAAGAUGAUGAAGAGUGGAAUCAGUGUCUUGAAGAAGCUGCUAUUUUGCAUAAUAGUUCUCAAUUAAGAGCACUUUUUAUUGUUAUACUUACUCAAUGCACUCCUGCCUAUCCAAAAGAGUUAUGGCUACAUUUUCAUAUUGAUAAUGGCAUAAACACUACAAAUGAUAUACUAUUUCUUCCAAAACAUAUGAAAGUGUUACCUCAGAAUUUAGAAUUACUUAUCAAUGCUAUAUAUCCUAAUAUUCGUGUAAUAGGAACAUGUAAUGAUAAAUAUCUUAGUGAACAAACUAUUCUUUCUCCUCGAAAUGAAGAUGUAGAGGUUAUUAAUCAAAUAAUUUUUGAGAUAUUUCCAGGAGACCAGUACACAUAUUUUAGUGCUGAUAAUGCUAUAAUAGAAGAGGGUGCUGAUAAUAAUAAUGUUUAUCCUAUUGAAUUUCUUAACUCACUUAAUCCAAAUGGGAUGCCACUUGCAAAAUUAACCUUAAGAUAG